AUGAAUGUGUAUAUUGAAAGGGUUUCUAAUGAAGACUUACCUAACUUGUUGGAAUUUGCUAGUGAAUUAAUUUCAGAAAUGGAUAGACUCAAGAAAGAAACUCCUUCUGAAUUAAAGGAUUCAAACAAGAAAUUAGUGGCUGCUUUGAAAACUCAAAAAAGAAAGUUGUUAAGUGAUACCAUUAAGGAAAUUAGAAGAUCUGGUUUGAAAACAAGUUUGACAUCUAACAUUUUGGCUACCCAAAAAUCCAUUAACUUAAUUCUUGCCAAUUCAGUAUCGUUUGAUAAUUCUAUGAUUAGCAAUUGUGACCCAUAUUUUUUCAGAAUAUUGGACUUGUUACCAAGAUUGAGAGCUAGUGUCAGUGAAGGAACCGAAGAAGUACCACAAGUUGAUAUUGAAAAAGGAUUAUCAGCAGUUGAAAACUUGAUUCAUUCUUUAAUUGUUACUCGUGUUCCAGUUAAGAAAUUCUCAGAGAACUUAGAAUCAUUGUCCAAGUGGUAUGAAAAAGUCUACAACCUUGCUAGCUUAAACAAUUUAUCACAUACUGUGGCUCCAGUGAGUGUUUCCGACUCUAUCAAAAUGAAUAUUGAAAGUAUUCGUCAUGUCCAAUUCUGGUUACCCAAAUUGUUGGAUUACGCUUUAGUUACAUUGGAAUCUGUUAAGAAGAUAGGGUUCGAUGUUUCGUCGUCAUUAUUCUAUCAAUUGAAAAUUAAGUUGAAUGAAUUGGUGUUGAGUGUUGAUGAAGUUGUUUAUUCUGAUAGUACUUCAAAGUAUAUUGAAAACUUUGGAAGAUUCUAUAAUUCAAUCGUUGCAUCUUUGAAUACCUGGAAGGUGGAAAACUCUGAGGUUUCUUUUGUCGCUGAUGUUGUGUUGAAAUGGAUAUCUAAUAAUUCAACCAUUGGUGAGAUUACUAAUUCUACUUCAUUGGAAUCUUUGGAAAGUGUCGAAAUAGUUGAAAAAGAAUUUAGAAAUCUUACGAAUUCCAUUAUUUUGGUUGUUCAAAAAGUUGUGGAAUGUCAAAAGCAAGAUGAAAUUUCCAGAGAUGAUGACAAUUGGUUGGUUUUGUCUCAACAUAGAAUGUCUGAUUAUAUAAAGAAUCUCAGAUUGAAUACUAUCAUUGCAAAAUUAUCCAAAUGUGUUAACAUGGCACUUUCGGUUGAACAUAAUUUGCAAACAUCUGAAAUGAUCUCCGCUUUGGUUUCUUUUACUUAUCCAGUGAUUAACCAAUUUUUCAAAUUGAGUUUGAAGGUGUUUGAGAAAACAAGAGUGAAUUAUUACGAUUUGGCAAAGGCAACUUUCAUUUUAUCAAAUUCUCUUUACACCUUAUCUACUAAAGGUUUCUGUACUCCUGAGAAACCA